AUGGCUUCUUCAGCUGUAAUGGUACCAGAAACGAAGCGAUACCUGCAGUCCAAGUACAACGAAAUGCUGAAGAUGGCUUCGGAUGAACAGUUCAUGGAAUCGGUAGAGGAUGGAAACUUUUCAUUCAACAAACUCAGGCUGAUGAUUCAGAAACAUUGGGUGAUGGCAGAAACCAGCAGCCCCCAAUUUGUGAUUGCUAGAUCCGUGACCUGCACAGCCUCGGGAGUUAUUUGUAUGCUGGCGGCUCUUGCUUUGUUAGAAGCUGAGAUCCGAUUAGUAGUACAGUACAUGAACUGUAAACUUACUGCUUCCAAAUACGAUUGGUCGAUCAAGUGGAUUCUUCUUUCGCAGUCCAUUGGUGUGGCCGUCGGGAGCAUUGCCCCGACACUCAGAUUCUUCACAGCAAUAAAGCUCAAAUGUUGCAAAAAUGGCAAAUGGAGAACCAUGGAUGAAUUCAAGGUCGAAUCUUACUGGACACGAAAGCUUAUCAAAUGGAAAGAGAGCUCUUUCCCUCUGCAAAUCAGAAACCGGAGGUGGAGAAGGAUUCUGCACAAGACAAAAGGACUAAUUCUGAGCAUUCUUGUCCGAGUUCAGAUUCUUGUCGUAAGGAGCAGCAAAGUGGUUCAGUUCAUUUCUUUCUGCUUCGCAAUUCCAAUCUUCAAAACACUGAAGCAUUUAUCCGGCCCGUCACGCGUACAUGGGAUUCCAGAAUCAACAUUGGAUGUAGAUCUCAGUCGGUAUGUUCUACUACUAGAAGGCGAAUCGAGGCUUCCUCAGAAAGUCCAAUCCAGCAUUCUUAAUGAGGUGGAUAAACUGAUUGAAACAGGGAAGAAGCAGCAGCCGAAGAACCUGAUAAGCCUUCUUCAUAAAGUCGGGAAUUUUAAAGGGCUGAGAGAAGUCGACAAGAACCAAAUCCCAAGCCUGCACUCUCAAGAACCUCCAAAAUGUUGGUCAUUGCCACUGGUGACCUUAACAAGCGUCGCCAUUGCACUUCCGAAAAUCCCAAAGCAAGAAAUUAACUGGCUUCUGCAGAGCGUCGAUGAAGGCCUAUAUUAUGUGAAACUUAUUGAGAAAAGCAUGGACAACGAUAGAAACUUGGCGAACAGCAUAAAUGCAGCAGAUGUAAGUUGGGUUGGAGUUGAAUUAUACCUGAAGUGGCUGGACAACGACCUCCAUGAAACGUCUCUCAAAGGGAAAAACUCGAAGGAGAUACUGGAAGAGCUUUCGAGCAAAGCUGAGAAGACUAUUGUGGAAUUCAAGAAGGAUGUUAAAGAUUCACUGAUGGAAAAUCCUCUCAACUGGCCAGUAAACGCCAUAGCAGCUAACUCGAUGUACAGGACCUGCCAAAGACUUCUGAGAGCAUAUGAUGGCGAUCAUCUUCGAAUGGAUGAAGGACUGUUCCAACAGAUAUGUAACAUGAUUGCAAAUAUAAUGGCAGCUUGUCUUACCAACGUAACGCACGUCAUAAUCAUGAAGUGCCACCAGAAAUCCAUGAAAGAUAAAGAGGAAUCUGUUCGUCAAGCAGCUUUGUUGUUGGGCGAAACUGAAGAAAUUCUUCAAAUCCUUGAGAUACACAGAGGAACAAGAUCAGAUUCGGAUGUAUCAGAAUUUGUAGAUAAAUGGUGUAACCUAAUAAAGAGGACCCAAUCACAAUUUUUCCAGUAA